UGAGAAUUCAGUUAUUGAGGUUCCAAUGGUUUCGUUUGAAUGUUCAAUUUUUCGUACAAAGCGAAUUUGUUUGUCUGUGUACGCUCGCGUUUUGGUUAGUUGACAAGCAUGCAGCGUUUAACGUUGAGGCGAAGACUGUCGUACAACACCAACUCCAACAAAAGGAAGAAAGUCAAAACUCCUGGAGGAAAAGUUGUCUACAUAUAUGUGAAGAAGCGAGGGACAUUUCCUAAAUGCGGGGACUGCAAAAUCAAACUUUUUGGUAUUAAGCCUUCAAGACCUCGAGAGAGGACUUCAAUGAGCAAACGAUUGAAGACUGUCAAUCGACCUUAUGGGGGAUCACGAUGCCACACCUGUGUUCGCAAUCGUGUAAUACGUGCAUUCAUGAUGGAGGAGCAAAAAGUGCUCAAACAACUCGUCAAGGAGCAGAAGAGAAGAGAAAAGAAAGCGAAUCCUGUAGAACACAAGAAAAAAUAAAAAAGAAUUGAUGUGACGG